CGCGCUGGCGGAGAGGUUGAAGGUCAGAGGUUCAGUCUGGAGCCGUCAUGGCGGCGCUGUGUCGGCCCCGUGCCGUGACUGCCGAGAGUCGUUUCCUGCGCAUGUUCCUCUUCUCUCGGCCCUAUGGAAGCUCGGGCGCUGAGAGUGGCUCCGGGAGCCAGAGUUCCGAGUCCACGGAGGAUAGAGCGCGCCCCGGCGGCUUCGCGAGCGCUCUGGAGCGGCACUCGGAGUUGCAGCGGAGGGCGGAGCUCGGGCAGUCCCGGGGCUCUCUGAAAGGUGCGGAAUCCUUCGCGUCGAUGCUGAGACAUUCUCCUCUCACUCAGAUGGGACCUGCCAAGGAUAAGAUCGUCAUUGGGCGAAUCUUUCAUAUUGUGGAAAAGGAUCUUUACAUAGAUUUUGGCGGCAAGUUUCAUUGUGUGUGUACAAGACCGGAAGUGGAUGGAGAGAAAUACCAGAUAGGAGCCAGAGUUCGUCUGCGGCUGCUGGACCUUGAACUUACGUCCAGGUUCCUGGGAGCGACCACAGACACGACGUUACUGGAGGCGGAUGCGGUGCUCCUGGGGCUCCAGGAGAGCAGAGACCCCAGAGCAAGGGAGGACCCUCGUGAGCAAUGAACGGAUUUGCUUAGUGCCUUCCCUCCUGGUACAGCCCGAUGGUCACCGGGGAUGCAGUUAGAAAACUGAAUAAAUGACUGAAAGAAGACAAUGAAAGCUAUCAUUGUAGCUCUUGUUUGUUAGAAUUUCCUUAGCUGUACCUCCUUUCCCCUUUUUUGUACCAUUUUCCCCUUUGUUUGGGAUAGUGUAACCCAGUGGUUCUCAACCUUCCUAAUGCAGUUCUUCAUGUUGUGGUGACCCCCAAUUUCCUUGUUACAAAUUGAAC